AUGGGUUGCAACACAUCGGUUCGAACAAUGAAUUCUCCAGAUCAUCAUAACAACGUGAAGCCAACUGUAAUGCCUUCAUCACAGUUAUCUAUACCUUAUAGUAAUUCAAAGAUCAUUGAAAAACGGAAUCGUCGCACUGAUUCGAAUGAAAUUAUUCAAAAUUUCCUUCUGGUAUGGCUUGAUGUGCAAGUCGAUGAGUCUACUGAUGACUUUCGAAAUUCAAUUAAACAUUUGCGACAAACUGUUAACACUAUUGAAAUAUUCGAUGAUGAAAAUGAAUGCAUCAAUUAUAUUACGCAAAUACAAAAUGAAAAAGCAUUCUUUAUUAUUUCUGGUACUCUAUGUCAAAGUAUCGUACCACGUAUUCAUCAACUCAAUCAACUUUAUUCAAUAUAUGUAUUUUGUCGACAACCGUCGAAAUACGAAGAAUGGGCAAAAGAUUGGCCCAAGGUGAAAAGUAUUGUCACAGAAAUCACUUCAAUUUGUGACUCAGUUCGGCAGUUGGCUCGACAAUGUGACGAAGAUUCAGUCAGGAUUAGUGCUAUAAAGUCAUUAAAUCAAAUUGAAUCAUCAUUCCUGUACACACAAUUAUUUAAAGAAGUUAUUCUUGAAAUCAACUUUGAUCAAAAGAAAGAAAUUCAAGCUCUAGUACAGUAUGUACGUAAAAAGUAUGAAGGUGACGAUAAUCAGUUGAAAAUUAUUGAUGAAUUUGCUACAGAAUAUCGUGAUGACUCCGAUGGUAACAACAGGCCGAUUUGGUGGUAUACACGUGAGUGUUUCACGUACUCCAUGCUGAACAAAGCUUUGGGCGUUUUACAAGUUGAUACCCUACUGAAGAUGGGAUUCUUCAUGCAUGAUCUUCAUCAAAAUAUCGCCAAGCUGCAUGCCAAGCAAAUGAAUGAGGCAUCCAAUGACUCACAACAAACAUUGACAGUCUAUCGAGGAAAAACAAUGCCAAAAGAAGAUUUUGAAAAUAAAAUCAAACAAGGUGGACUAAUGUCUUUCAAUAACUUCUUAUCAACAAGUGAUAAUCGAGCUGUUGCUCUCGAUUUUAUCUCAAAAGGUCUUAAAUCUGCUGAUCCAAAAAAAGUUGGUGUUCUAUUCGAAAUGACAAUCGAUCAAAAGACAAAACGAAAUUCUCUUUACAACGCAUACGGUUUUUCGGAUCCAACAACUCAAAGAGAUCGAAGUAAACAACAUGAAGAUGAAUCAAGUGAAGCUUACAUUGACCAAUGA